AACUUUCACGAUCUCGACUCACAACAAACCUGAGCAGUCUCAUCUUGCAGCAAUGGGUCAUACUCGCCAAGUGAUCGCAUUAUGCUCAGUGGGCAACCUUGGGAAGUACGUAUGUGAUGAGCUGAUAGCUGAUGGUCGUUACGACUUCGUCGUCAUCACAAGACAGCUUAAACCCGACGAUUUCUUUGAGUCCCGCAAGAUUGAUAGACGCGCCUGUGAUUACAGCACGGAGGCAGUCAGAAGGACUCUGAACGAAACGAAUGCUAGUGUCUUUAUAUCGUUCAACAACGCCGAUGGACAACAGUUCGUAGACCUUCAUUGCGCUUGGCUCGAAGCAUGUCGUCAAUCCAAGAACUGCAAGCGGUUUAUACCCUCGGAGUUCGCUGGAAACAUUGAGGACUUCCCAAUGCUUCCAAGACACUAUGCUACCUCACGAGCGCCGUUUCGGACCAUACUUGAAUCGGAGAGAAAAAUUGAGUGGACAAUCGUGAACAAUGCAUGGUUCAUGGACUAUUUGUUGAGGGAUGAAAAGACUUUCCUGCCGACAAACUCGCAUGAGUUCCCGAUCAAUCCUAAUGACUGGACGGCUCUGAUCAGAGGCUCCGGGGAUGAAAUCCAAUCUUUCACGAGUGCUCGCGACGUAGCGAAAGCACUCGUCGCGCUGCUCAGCGCUCCGACUUGGCCUUCGAAAACAUUCAUCGCUGGACAGUGGGCGUCGUUCAACGAGCUCUGUCAUAUUAUGGAAGACUUCUACGGCCGAAAAUUGACCAAAUUCUAUCGUUCCGAAAGCGACAUCGAGCGAGACAACGCACUCCCCGCAACUCCAGAGAACAUGGAGAAGCUGUACAUGGCAAGCGUGGAGGAGAUGAUGAUUACGAAGGCCGGUGCGAUGCCACGUGAUAUCGUGGCGCGACAACGCAAAGAGCUCUUUGGGAAUGUUCAUUUCGAUAGUGUUACAGAGUUUCUGGUCGCCGUGGGCGAGGAGCGGGCUCGUCCAGCUAGCUUGCUGUGA